AUGAAGCUGCUUUCCUACCAGGAGGAGAAUACUACUAGCUCCGUCUAUGGCUUUGCCUACUUAGAAGAGUUGGCACGUGGCAUCGAGGUGCCUGAGGAAGAGCUGGCUAGCAUGAUGCGCCACUGGGAGCAGUGUGCGUACGACAAGGCCAAGCCUCACGAGUUCUCAGUUGGCGAAGAAAUUUCUAUCUUUAUGUGUUCCGAUGCUAUAGUCGACCACAACAUAUUCAAGAUAAAGGACCCAGUGAAGAUGAUCAUUGAGUAG